AUAUGUCAGCCAUUGUUUGAAAUUGAACUCCCUUUUGCAAGAGCAAUUGUUCGCAAUUUUCGAUCAGUUUUUCGCGUUUUUCUUGUGAAAAGUUGAACCAUUUCGGUGCGGCAGUGGUACAGUGUGGAAUCUACGGUCUCCGUUUUUUGGUGUGUUUCUGAGAAGUGCAGUGCAGGCGAAGCAAGGGGAAAAACAAGAAGAAGAGAAGCUGGAAGUAACCCGAAGAAAGUAGUGCACAAGUGAGUGGCUAUCACCAACACGAGCGCGCGCGCCUCCGGAGUGCAAGUUAAACCUGAAUAUUUGAUCAGAGCAACAUAAAAAAAAAGAAGUAGUAAGAAGAAAUUGUGUGAUCUUCUGACCGAGCUGGUUGAGUUUGAGUGAGGAGCAAAAAAGCGUGAGCGAAAACAAAGAAAAGCAAGAGUGCCAGUGUGUGAGUCCGACGAAGAAAAUAAAAGGAAGAGAGUGUCCGGAUUAUGAUUGUUUGGUCGUGAUAUCGGAUUUCUUCAACCAGGCAUAGCGAGGAAAUCAGUUAUUGCAGGAAACGACGCGCUCUGGAUUAAUCCAGUUUACUUCCUAAGUCCCGCACAUCAAUAAGCAACUGUCAUCAGCAAACAACACCGUCGUCACCGCUGCCAGCAAAUCACCAGCGAACCGGCACCCGGUUUGAGUUGGUUGCUUUUCGUCGAUUAUAGAGGAUCCUAAGGAUACAGUUUUUAUGAAUCAUUUCCCAUUAAGUUAGGUUAUGGCAAACUUGAAUUUCCAACAGCCUCCGAGAAGUAUACCAAGUAGUGCAUCGUUGAGUGGGAGAGGAGGUACUGCGGGUGGUUUCGGUAAUAGCUCAUUAUCGGGCCAUGUCACACCAACGUCUGGUAUGUUUCCAACGGCAGCAACGGGAGCAGGGAGUUUCGGAGCAAGUCAACCACCUCACUCGCAACAGCAGCAGCAGCAGCAGCAGGGGCAGCAACCGGUGGGUCAAGGCGGCCAGAAUCAACCCCCGCAACUGUCACCAGGUACCGUUGGGACGCGGAACGGUGGAAGCGGUGGAGCUUCGAGUGGUGGCUCCAGCAGUGGUGGAAGCGGCGUGGUUGGCGGAAGCAGUGCGAACCCUGCGACCUCUAGUGCUAGUACCAACGGUUCCCAGCAGCAGUCCCAGCAGCUUUCCUCCUCGAACUCGUCCGCGUCCAGUGGGGCGAACGCGAGGAGCAACCUCUUUGGUGGACAACGAGGCUUUGCGGACCGAAGGACAAUGCCGGGACUUGGAUCGACGAUGUCUAAUAUGGUCUCGUUCAUGCAGUCACGAGGAUAUGGAUCUCAGAGCGGGAAUAGCAUCAACAAUUUCCAUAGCGUGUUCGACAACGGUACGUCGGAGACGGGAACGCCUCCACUGCUCGACCUGUCCGAGUUUCCAUCGCUCACGAACGCGCGGGGUGGCCAGAACGAUCAAUCGUUACCGCAGUCGAACGCACUGCAGCCUCCCGGGAGUAAACCGUAUGUUGGUAUGGUAAAGCAGCCAACGGCCGAGCAAACGGAGUUUACGAUGUCGAGCGAAGACUUCCCGGCCCUGCCCGGUACGCAGAACGCGGAGAGUGGCCAGCUGGCGGCGAGUCAAGGGCUGCAGGGCGUUCAUCAUCAUCAUCAUUCAGAUCAUCAUGGUGCCGAUAGUCUAAGUAAGACGGGUGGUCCGAUCGGUGGUGCUGUUGGUAUGGGGAUGGACUUGCAGAACGACGCUGGCAAUUCCAAUGUGAACAUGGACAAGGGAGCUAUGAAACGAGGCGUACAAACAUCACCCAAUGGAAUGGUAACGAAUAUUCCUGCUAGUAUGGUCAAUAACCAAUUCGGUAUGGUUGGUCUCUUAACGUUCAUCCGCGCCGCCGAAUCCGAUCCAAACCUGGUAACGUUGGCGAUGGGCCAGGACCUGACGGCUCUCGGACUGAACCUGACCUCGAUCGAGAACCUGUAUCCUAGUUUCGGCGGCCCUUUUGCCGAUUCUCCGGCGAGACCCCAAGAUAUCGACUACAACGUACCACCAGAGUAUUUGAUCAACGUGUCAAUAAGGGAUAAGCUGUCGAAGCUAACGUUGCAAAAAUAUAAGGAUGAUCUAUUAUUUUAUUUAUUUUACACGAAUGUUGGUGAUGUGAUGCAGUUAGCUGCCGCUGCGGAGCUACAUAGUAGAGAUUGGCGAUAUCAUACGGAGGAAAAGGUGUGGAUCACUCGUGUGCCGGGCAUGACACCGUACGAGAAGAAUGGCACAACCGAACGUGGCACGUAUUACUACUUCGAUGCGCAAAAUUGGCGACGGGUGCCAAAAGAAUUUCAAGUGGAUACAGUGAAGUUAGAUAAAUGUCCAAAUCUAAGUGCUUACGUUACGAUGAGCGGACAGCCUGUAUAAUAUUUAUUAAUUUGUAAUUAAAAGAAAAAUUGCAGAAAACAAAAGCAGAUGAAAGGAAAAAAAUUAAAUUUUUCUGAUUCAGUA